CAAUUCCACGAACAGAAAAAGAUCGAAGUGUCAUCCAUCGCUGCACCGAUUCAACGAGCAGGAAGAAGGUCGAAGCAAGGGAGAAGAAAGAAAGCCACACUGGAAGGUUUAGGAGGAAGGAAGAGGCACAGCGCGCAUGCUCAUCACCCCGAUCACCAUAAAAGCAAGAGGAGAAGGCAGGAGGAGCAUAAGAAUUACAGCAGAAGAGGAGGCGAGGAGGAGGAGAUGGGCGUGGACUACUACAAGAUCCUGGGCGUGGACAAGAGCGCCAAGGACGACGACCUCAAGAAGGCCUACCGCAAGCUCGCCAUGAAGUGGCACCCUGACAAGAACCCGAACAAUAAGAAGGAGGCCGAGGCCAAGUUCAAGCAGAUCUCCGAAGCCUACGAGGUGCUAAGCGAUCCUCAGAAGCGCGCUGUCUACGACCAAUACGGGGAGGAGGGGCUUAAGGGGCAGGUCCCGCCGCCGGGGUCCGGCGGGUUCGACGGCGGAGACGAGUCGGCCACGUUCAGGUUCAACCCCAGGAGCGCCGACGACAUCUUCUCGGAGUUCUUCGGGUUCUCUAGUCCGUUCGGCGGCAUGGGCGGCGGCGGCAGCAGGGGCGGAUCGAGGUUCCCUAGCCGGAUGGGGGGGAUGUUUGGGGAGGAGAUGUUCGGGUCAACCUUCCGCGGCGGGGAAGGCGCGUCGAUGAAUUUUCAGCAGCCGCGGAAGGCAGCGCCAAUCGAGAAUCGGCUGCCAUGCAGCCUCGAGGACUUGUAUAAAGGGACUACCAAGAAGAUGAAGAUUUCGCGCGAGAUUGUCGAUGCCAGUGGGAAAACAAAGACAGUGGAAGAAAUUCUGACGAUCAACAUAAAGGCAGGUUGGAAAAAGGGAACCAAAAUUACUUUCCCAGAUAAAGGGAAUGAAUCUCCCAACAUUAUCCCUGCGGAUAUAGUUUUCAUCAUAGAUGAAAAGCCACAUGAUGUGUUCACACGGGAAGGAAACGAUCUGAUUGCAACUCAGAAAAUAUCUUUGGUCGAAGCCCUGACCGGUUAUACAGUUCAUUUGACUACACUUGAUGGUCGCAGCCUUACAAUACCCAUAAACUCCGUCAUUCAUCCUGGCUACGAGGAGGUGGUCGUUCGAGAGGGAAUGCCAAUACCAAAAGAUCCAUCUAGGAAAGGAAAUCUUCGUAUCAAGUUCGACAUAAGGUUUCCGCCGAGGCUGACUUCGGAGCAGAAGGCCGGGAUCAAACGGCUAUUGGUUCUAUAAGAUGGAAUGCAGGCGAUGCUGCACAUCUAGUGCCAUAAGCGUUAUGCUGUGGGUACGGUAUGCUCAAAUGUCUCUCUUCUUGUUUGUAACUUUGACAUUAUUCAAUAAGCUUUUUUCUAAUACACUUCAAGUAUUGAGCUACUGUAUCUUUGCUUAGUACAGAAGAAUCAAUUAUAGCCGAUCAUGUUUUAAGUGUGAGAGUGACUCACUCACAUUAAGAAGAUAUCAGCUGACUUCUGCUGGCAAUUGGGGGAAAGUCAUGUACCGAAUAUUAAAAACUUUGUAAAAGUUCAAUUUUGUGUCUUGAUUAUCGGUUUCUGAUGUGAUAUUAGACCCCAUAAACAUUCUUCAAAACAUGUUGUAUUUGCACUCUUUUGCUUUGUACAAUGAAUAGUUCAUAAAACAAUUCAUCCUUGUCAUCGGUUGAGCUUC